AUGGCACUCAAACGUAUAUCGAAAGAAUUACAAGAUUUACAACGUGAACCACCAGCUAAUGUCAGUGCUGGACCAGUACAACCAAAUGAUAUGUUUAAUUGGCAAGCAACAAUUCUUGGUCCUAGCGAUUCACCGUAUCAAUCUGGUGUGUUUUUUUUAUCGAUAAAUUUUCCAACUGAUUAUCCAUUUAAACCACCAAAAAUCACAUUUACAACGAAAAUUUAUCAUCCAAAUAUUAAUUCAAAUGGUGCAAUUUGUCUUGAUAUUCUUCGUAGUAAUUGGUCACCAGCAUUAACAAUUUCCAAAGUUUUAUUAUCUAUUUGUUCAUUAUUAUGCGAUCCAAAUCCUGAUGAUCCACUUGUACCAGAAAUUGCUAGACAAUAUAAACAAGAUCGAGAAGCAUAUAAUGCAACUGCUCGACAAUGGACACAAAAAUAUGCUAUGUGA